UAUGCCCUUUUUCAUCAAAAAACAAUAUUUUAGAACACGUCUUACUCGUGAUUUGCAAGUGCAGUAGAUCGCUGCUACUUUUACACCUGUUAAAAAAGAUACAUUUAAUUUGAAUAUAUUUUUGCCACACUCGUUAAGAAAUAUGCCGCACUGUCUGAUCAAGUCCAUGACGAGAUAUCAAAAAACAAAUCAAUUUCACGACGAGGCUGAUCUUUCCGUGUCGUGGUUGCCAGCGAUAUCUACAGAUACGAGAAAAAAAGGUCAUAGCAAAGAAUUAUGCAUGAAGUCAAGCAACAUGUGGACAUGUCCAAAACUUUCUAUUGUCACGCGGUACAGUUUUAACAAAGACGACAGCAUGUUGUGGAACACGUCAAUCCCCGAGGAACUAGGAUUGCGAUUGAUUGAUUUCAACAAAACGAGCGAUAUGUUGUCUAUGAGUGCAUGCUCUGUAAAUAAUUAUCCCUGUAGUGAUAUCGACGCACAAAACGAAUUUGAUAAAGAACAGAUGGAAAUUUUCAAAAGUAGUAACAACAAGAAACUAAACUUUAUCGAAACCACAGUGGGUGCCAGGGAACGAAACGAUAUCGUUAACACUCCAAAAAAAAACUGUAACAACAAAAUUCAAGGGGUAGAUGAGUUAUCACCAACUAUACGCUUACCAGCUAACAAUACUUUGAUCAAAACCAUGCAGUAUUACGACGACGGAAGCAAUUAUCCCACCGCAGAAACCAACAAUGCUCAAACGUGGAAACGCAACAAAGCUUUGCACUACUGUCCCUAUUGCCGGAAAAGCUUUGACAGACCAUGGGUGUUGAAAGGCCAUCUUCGACUUCAUACCGGCGAAAGACCUUUCGAGUGUCCGGUUUGCCACAAAUCGUUCGCCGAUCGAUCUAACUUAAGGGCUCAUCAACGAACAAGAAAUCAUCAUCAAUGGCAGUGGAGGUGCGGAGUCUGUUUGAAAGCCUUUUCACAACGACGGUAUCUGGAACGUCACUGUCCAGAAGCAUGUCGGAAGUACCGAAUUUCGCAGAGGAAAGAAAAUAAUAUUAAUUCAUAGGUGCAAUAUGUAUCAAAGUGAAAUAUGAUGUAUACACGGGAUACGAGAAGUACCACCGUUAUUUUUUGUCCACAAUAAAG